CUCGGGAAACAUGUUGAAGAACGCCGUAUCGUUAGUCACCGGUGGUGCGUCCGGUUUAGGUCGUGCGACGGUUGAACAUUUCUUUCGGGCCGGUUCGCGGGUGAUCCUGGCCGAUCUUCCCACAUCCGAAGGGGGGAAAGUUGCGACCGAGCUGGGGAAAGGUGUGACCUUCGUACCCAUGGACGUUUUAUCGGAAGAAGAUGUUGGAAAGGUUUUAGAGGUAACGAAGAAUCAGUUUGGAAGAUUGGACAUAACAGUUAACUGUGCAGGGAUCGCAUUUCCGGAGAAGGUUUACGAUUUUAAGCAGGACAAACCGCACACUUUAGAUUCGUUCCGGCAAAUUUUGAACGUAAACACCGUAGGUACAUUCAACGUAAUUCGUCUCGUUGCUGGUUUGAUGGCGAAAAAUGCACCGAAUGCCGAUGGACAGCGGGGAGUUAUUGUCAACACAGCUUCAGUACUUGGCUAUGACGCUCAGUCCGGACUAAGUGCGUAUGCAGCGUCCAAGGCUGCCAUAAUUGGAAUGACUCUUCCCAUCGCUCGUGAGUUAAGCGGCCAAGGUAUCCGAGUGGUAACGGUGGCACCCGGGUUUUUCCAAACUCAAAUGACCGGCUAUCUACCGGAUAAGGUGUGUCAGUUUCUCAUCAGUACGAUCCCGUUUCCAAAGCGUGCUGGUCGUCCUGCCGAAUUCGCCCGGUUCGUGGAAGCGAUUGUAGAGAAUCCGCUGCUUAACGGGGAAGUGAUUCGACUGGAUGGGGCUGCCAGAUUCAAUGUUUAAAUCGUCAUUAUUCAAUUUAUUUACAUAAUUUCGACAAUUUACAAAA